AUUGUUUCCGAAAGGAGCACAGAUAUUUGGUUCGCUUUCGUGGUUGCACUAUAAAUGGCCGACCCUGGCCUUCUCCCUCGGCGGCAGAGACUGCAGAAGAGCAAGCUUGGGAAGAAGCUGAUCAAGAUCGUUUUCCGCUGGCCUUAGAGAGAAGCAAAGCAGUGAUCUUCUCCGGGAAGAUGACGGCUUUCAGCAUUGAGAGCGUGAUAGAUGAAUUCGAAACGAUGACCAAGAAUGCUGGUCACCACCAGAGGGAGACUCUCCGGCAGAUUCUCGAGCAAAAUGGGAAAACAGAGUACUUGCAGAACUUAGGCCUCGGUGGAAGAACUGACCCAGAGAGCUACAAAGCAUGCGUCCCUUUGGUCACUCACAGUGACUUGGAGCCGUACAUCCAGAGGAUUGCGGAUGGUGAUUCUUCUCCCAUUCUGACAGGCAAACCUAUACCUGCAAUUUCACUCAGCUCUGGCACCACACAAGGGAAACGCAAGUAUUUACCAUUCACUGAGGAGUUGGUUCAGUCCACAAUGCAGAUAUAUCGGACUUCAUUUGCAUUCAGAAACAGGGAGUAUCCGAUAGGCGAUGGAAAAGCUUUGCAAUUCAUCUAUGGCAGCAAGCAGUUCAAAACUAAAGGAGGUAUUACCGCGACAACGGCGACGACCAAUGUGUACAUGAGUGAACAAUUCAAAUGCACUAUGAAGGAUAUCCAAUCUCAGUGUGCAAGUCCUGACGAAGUUAUAUUUGGUUCAGAUUACCAACAGUCAUUGUAUUGCCACCUCCUGUGUGGGUUGAUUUACUCAGAUGAAGUGCAGUUCAUAUUUUCCACCUUUGCUCACAGCCUAGUUCAUUCUUUUCGGACUUUCGAGAAGGUGUGGGAAGAAAUCUGCACAGAUAUUAGAGUAGGAGUCCUCUCGAGCAGAAUUACCAUUCCAUCUAUUCGCGAAGCUGUUUCAAAGAUUUUAGUCCCCAAUCCUAGUCUGGCAGACUCCAUAUACAACAAGUGUGUUAGAUUGAGCAACUGGUACGGUGUGAUCCCGGCGCUUUGGCCUAAUGCCAAAUAUGUCUAUGGCAUUAUGACAGGGUCUAUGGAGCCAUAUCUGAAGAAACUAAGGCACUAUGCAGGCAACCUGCCACUUAUAAGUGCUGAUUAUGGAUCUUCAGAAGGAUGGAUUGGUGCCAAUGUGAAUCCUAGCUUACCUCCAGAGUUAGCUACCUUUGUAGUGCUUCCGAAUAUUGGUUACUUCGAGUUCAUUCCUUUGGAGAAGCCUGAAAUGCAGGAGCUGGAGACUAGUCCCACCUCCAUUCACUACAUAGAAGCCGAGCCGCUAGGCCUCACAGACGUCGAGGUUGGCAAAGAAUAUGAAGUUGUUUUUAGCAAUUUUGCAGGUUUGUAUCGGUAUAGAUUGGGAGAUGUGGUAAAAGUAACUGGCUUUCACAACUGUGCGCCCGAGCUUCGGUUCAUAUGCAGGAGAAGCCUAAUGCUGAGCAUCAACAUAGAUAAGAACACUGAGAAAGACCUGCAGUUGUCAGUUGAAGAAGCAGCCAAGCUUUUGGCUGAGGAAAAAAUCGAGGUUGUAGAUUUCACUAGCCAUGUUGACACUUCGACAGACCCAGGACACUAUGUGAUCUUUUGGGAGCUAAGCUCCGAUUCGAGCGAUGAGAUUCUCCAAAGCUGCUGCAAUUGCUUGGACCUAUCUUUUGUUGAUGCUGGCUAUGUUAGCUCCAGAAAAGUCAGUGCUAUUGGACCUCUAGAACUUCGCAUUGUGCGGAAAGGAACAUUCAAUAUGAUCUUAGACCAUUAUGUUGGACUCGGGGGUGUCUUGAGCCAGUUUAAGGCUCCACGCUGUGUCAGCCAAUCGAACAACAAGGUUUUGCAGAUCUUGUGCAUGAAUGUUACAAGCUGCUAUUUCAGCACUGCCUAUGAGAAGUGA